CUGCCAUCGAAAUUGUUGGGUAACAUAUAUAGUUGUGAAGGAUAUGUGAAGUCUGACGAACCAAGUAAUGUCCAUGUUAAAGUAGAUGGAAUCAGUGAUCCGUGCACAAGAGGUGAAGACAUUAAUUUCAAGCUAGUAGCAUUUGCGAUCGAGGGAAUAUUGCGUAAUAGUGAUGGCGAUGGCCCUGCUGGUGUCUCGUUGGUUUUGCUUUCAGAAAAUGGGUUGAUUAUGGCUGAAACAAAAACAACAGCGAAUGGAGCUUAUCAAUUUCGUGCACCUCCUGGGAAAUACUUGGUAUCUACUGCUGAUGAUUCCGAAUGUAUUGAGCGAAAUAAAGUGUCUACAGAAGUUAUUUCUUCGCCAGUUCGUGUAUCACCAGAUUUGAAAAUUUCCGGACAGUUAUUGAGUGUUGAAAUAUUAUCCAACAAUGAACCUUUUGCUGACGCCGAUGUCGCAUUGUAUUCCAAUAUAAUGAUCCAGUUGCCAUACUGUCGAGAAAAAAAAAAAUCUGAACCAACUGAAUCGACUGAGAAAAAUUUUAUUUGUUCCAUGAGGACGAACACGAAUGGUCUUGCUCGUUUUCCUUGUUUGCCACCUGGCAAAUACUCUGUCGUACCUUCAUUUAUUACAAAUAAAGUACGAUUCACAUUCUUACCCAAAUUGCACAAAAUUAUAAUAGAAUCUGCAGCAGAAAAGAUUAUUUUUAACGUUCUCGGAUUCAGUAGUCGUGGUCGUGUUUUGAUUGGUUUAAAACCAGUUGCUGAUGCCGAAAUAUUUGUUAAUCAUAAAAUGAAAACGACAUCAGAUCAAAACGGAUGGUAUAUAAUCGAAGAUUUGCAAAAUGGGAAUCAUUCAAUUACCGCCAAAAAGGAACGAUAUUUAUUUCAUGAGAUCAACGUUGACUUGAAUACGGGCAAUGCUGAAAUUCCGGAUAUUAUGGUGAAAAGUGUGGAAAUCUGCGCAAUAAUAAAACUUGAGGAUAUUUUCAAAGUGAAUGUCGUCAUCCAAAAUCAAAAAACGAAAUUAAACGAAGCAGUUCUUACUACUGAUAAAGGCAAAGUGUGUUCCAUGCUACCACCAGGCAAUUACAUUGUUUCAGUAACUGGUGAAAAUGGAUUGGUAAUAGUGCCAAAGCAGCGAGAAAUUAGCACUUUCGGAGGACCAACUCCUGAAAUUAUUUUUACUCAGUUCAAAGCUAAUAUCCACGUUAAAGUCAAAUGUAAAGGUAAAUGUCUUGAUUUGGUGGUGGAAUUAUGGAAGGAUGAUAAUAAAAUACGAACUGUGGUUGGAAAUGAACAAUUUUUAUUCGAUCGAAUUAUUCCUGAUUCAUACAAACUGAAAAUUGUCGAUAAUGGGAUUUACUGCUGGGAGCAAUCUAUCAUUGAUGUUACCAUUGAAAGAUCUGAUUUAAACGAUCUCUAUUUUGUGCAGACUGGCCAUUUAGCUACUAUUGAUCUAUCGCAUCCUGCAAAAUUGGAAUGGCGCUCAUUGGUAUACGCUAUUAGUGAAGAUAUUAAUUUGCCAAAAGGAAUAUCCAUCCUAUGUUUACCAGAAGCGGGUGCUUAUUCAGUGGUGCUCAAAGCGUGUCAUAUUUUUGAUCAACUGAAAUAUGAAUUGAUUGUUCCACAAAAAUUGCCAUUAGUCGCAAAAGCAGAAAAAUCUCGUAUUUCGACUAAAAUUAUCACCAAUGAUAGCACCACAAAAUCGGAUCAUUUCUUUUUAAAAGUGAAAACUUCAGUGCAAGAGCAAACUAUUAAGGUAUCUUCAUAUUCAAGCGGUGAAUUUGAUUUUGUUUACCAUCUACCAAUCUCAGAUUCGGGAACAGUCUCUUUAACACCGACAUCAGACAUUUACCUCUUUAAUCCAGAAUCUUAUAUUUUUGAGUUUUCAGGUGAAUGCCAUGAUACAACAGUAUCUUUUGUUGCUAUCAGAGGAGUUUUUCUUGAAGGGCAGAUACAUCCACCGUUAGAAGAUGUUGAUAUUCGACUGGUUCACAAGGUGGAUCCAGAUUUUGUUCGGAAAGCAAAAACUAAUAGCAAAGGACAAUUUAGAAUUGGCCCGCUUCAAAGUCUGGAUAACGUUAAUAUUGUUGCUGCUAAAGAUGGAUAUAAAUUCGAAAAAACAAAAGAUUUUGGUAUUUUAAAAGCCAAAAAGUUAUCACAUUUACAAGUCUUUGCCACUGAUAUUGAAUCAAAAGUGCCUCUUGGAAAUGUUCUUCUUUCAUUAAGUGGUGUCGAGAACUAUCGUUCAAACAAUAUUUUGGACGAUACAGGAAAGAUCACCUUUGUCGGACUGCAUGCUGGCGAAUAUUUUCUUCGACCAAUUUUGCAAGAAUAUCAGUUUGAACCAGCCACUACUGCAGUUGUGGUUAGCGAAGAAGAAACUGUAGUCGUUGAAUUAAAAGGUCAUCGAUUCGCCUACAGUGUUUAUGGUAAAAUAAGUUACCUUGGCGGUCAACCUGUUGCGUCAAUUGUUGUCGAAGCAGUUUCUGAGCAGUGUAGUCAACUGCAAGAGGAAGAUAUGACUUCAGAGAAGGGUGAAUAUCGUAUACGCGGCCUACGUCCAAAUUGCUUUUAUAGACUUGUUCUUAAAUCAACUGAUAGGCAACGUUUGCAGUCAUAUCCAACCCACUGUGAUGUUUCGGUUACUAAUGAUGACAUUAAAAACAUUGAUUUCGCUUUAACUCAUAUUAGUCGUCCUGUCGAUAUCAUUGGUAGUAUUGAAUUCGUUGGGUCGACAUCACCGUCACAAUUUAAAAUUGGACUGUAUAAAGAUGGCUCAAUGAUUCAGCAUACCGUUGUGCACGCUCCAUCUUUUGUCUUUUUUUUCCAAGUUCCAUCCAUCGAUUAUGCGGUAUUUGGAUUCUUUUCAUUUUUCAUUAUUUGA